AGCCACACCAUGGUCCUGGGAUCGACUCAGCCUCUAACAGAAAUGGGUACCAGGAAUAUUGUUGGAGUAUUAUUGGUGGUAAAGGGGACCGGUGCAUAGGUCUGACAACCUUGCCGCCAUCUAUGAGCCGAUUGUCUAGAAAAUGGAACAUCAACAUGUCACAACCCUAUGGACCUCCACGCCCUGUUGCAGGGAUACCUCUACUUUUUUGUUUUUACAAUACAUGAAUUUGUGAAUGUUGCGGGAAAUUUUGUGACCAAUGAAUUAUUGGCUGCCCUGAUACGCCAUUUUUGUGGUGGGUCCUGAUUGGUGAAAUUUUAACAUAAAGGAUUGAUACGAAAUAGAAAUGGCGGAUGAAUUGGGUUUUCGUGUUUGCGUUGAUGCAAGAGAAGUAUGCAAGGAUAUUAGAAGCUGUUUCUUUAUCUAUGUUGAUUUACUACGUGAUAGAUAUAUACACGACAUAGAAAGUCGCGUCAAAAGUUUUCUUAAUGUUGAUAAACCAAUUGCAUUGGUGAUAGAUAGGAUUUAUGUUCCUCCGUCUGAGAAUGUGCGUUUGUUAUGUCCAGACGAUGUUCUGAAGGUCACUGAACGAAGCUGGGACUUCCAUGAUGACAGAGAAAAUGCUAAUGCUCCAUGUAAAGAAGAUAACAGUGAUCAUAAUCGAAUAUACUUGAAAGAAAAGAUCAAAAAGAGGAAACGCAAUGCUUCAGGGGAUGUAGAUGACAGCUGCAGUGCAGUUAACAAAAGUGUACAUGGGUGCGAGCCGCUGCAAAAUCUGUAUGAGAGUGAUAAAUAUCCAAAGGACAAGGAUAAGAAGAGAAAGAGGAAAAGCAAAGAUAAUAGGAGUCAUGUGUCAAGUGAACUGUGUAGUAUGGAACAGUUGAGAUGUGAGGUGGUAGUAGAGGACAUUCAGCAUUUAGUACAGGAAGAAGAAGGAAUGGACAGGAAAAUAUGCAGAAGGAAACAAAAUGGUGAAGAUGCAUUAAAUGAUGAUGUUUCUGAUCCUAUUAUGAAUGUUAAAAGAACAUCUGAGCAUAUCAUAACAAGGCCAGACAUACCAGUGAGAGAAAGUCAGGAGAAUAGUGUGAGCAACCUCAAAAUGGGCAUAAAUGCAGAAACUGUUCAAGAUAAUGAAUGUUUAAUGACAAGAGAGACAGGCACUAAAAGUAGGAGGAAACGGACCAGGCGACACAAGAAGAACCAUAAACUAGAAGACAGAAAAAUGAAGAGAGAGUCUUCAGCAGAUAUUGUGAAUCCCAAAAGGGAAACCUUCAUUCGCAGUGUUGCUGCGCCCCGCACGCAUAUCAGAUUUUCGGAUAAGAAUGGUGAUGUCAGUAUCGACGUAGGCAAUGAUAAGGUUGAAACUGAUCGCAUUACAUCUCAGACAGAGUGUGAACACACAUGCACUAGUCAUGUCAGUGGUGGGCUGACCAUUUUGGAGCCAUUAGUAACAUCCACUAAUGUGGAUGCAGUUUCCUCAGACUUAAAUCUGAGAGAAGUAGGGAAACUGAAACACUUAUCAUCAGAUCAGCAAACCUCAACAAAGUGGGACAUGCAGGCUGUAGACAAUUCACAGUGUGGCGACUUACAAUGCAGUGGGUCUUCUGGAAAUAAUCAUGUGUUUGCCAAACUUCUUGCCUUUGAAAAUUUCUCAGCACCACGUGUGUAUCAGCGUAAGAAGAAUUUGGUAACUGCAGAUGGUGCCAUUCAAGAAACUCUGUCUAAUGCUGAUGUGGAAAGCAGAGACGAAAUAAAAACUGCUGAUAAAAAGACAAACUUUUUGGAGUACCCUGUCCUUAAAGAGGCCCCUAAAGAAAAGGAUAUUAUUGCCUUUAAGAUGUUGAAGAUGGGAGAAGACUAUACGCCUCAAAUAUCAGAUUACAUUACAGCCCAAGUUCUGAGCAUCUGUAAGGAAACCUACCAGCUAAUGCUUAAAAUUCUAGAUGGUAGUAAACAGUGUCAGCAACCAAAGGGCAAGUUCAGUCUGGAGACUGAAAGCACACCUGAUAUGCAUACGGUAGACAGUCUGGAGGUGAACUGGAAUGAGCUACUGGAGACAAGGCUCGUCUACCCUUAAGAAUAUGAGUCACUGCUGCCAGGUUCAUUGCUUUUUAUUAGAAGAUUUGCUGUGUUGAGAAAUUGAAGACUGCUGAAGUUUUGGAUGCCACUACAGGAGCCAUCUUCAGAACAUAAUAAAGUAUUGUGGUUUGUAUUUUUGCCUGUAUUAGAAGGGAGAAACAUUUUGGUUGGAAUGAGUUUGGUCCCACCUCCGAUGUGACUAAUACUCACUACAUAAGGUUAAAAAAGUCGAUACUGUGUAUUGAGUUAUGGACUGGCUGCACUGGAUUGUUUUGAAAGUGAUAAAUCACUCUAAGAGAGCAUUUGCUACUUCCAUCUAGAUGCAUUAUGGGUACUCUGCUGCGAAGGAGCCCAGGAUUGCAUGAACUCUUACACGUGGAGUGAUGUAAUCUGGAUUAGUGCACCAUUGGCACAUAUGUAAAGUUCAUCAUGACUCGCCCUGUUUGACACUGCCUGACUGUAUGUAAUAUUAUAUCAUAUUUCAGGGUUUCCAGCAUCUUCAGGUGGAUGCUUGACGUCAUUUAGGUACUUGAUGACAGCAACUGUGAAAGGGAGAGUUGUAUUUAGAGUGUCUUAAAUAAUACUGUGCUUGUUACCAUAUGAAACUAAAAGUAAAUGUGAUUAAACUAUUUCAUGACAACCACUUAUCUAAAUAUAAGAGAAGUUUUUUUGAAUUGUUUCAUUUUUGGUCCGUUACACUAUCAAUCACAGAGUUAGUAGAGAGUCCGUCGAGUGUAACAAU